GGGCCGGCGAGAGUUCAAUCCAGAGCGGCCACUUCAUGGGCGCGAUCGUCAGCCGAGCGCGAACUUCCUUGGCCGCUGUCCAUUCUGACGACUUUGUACCAUCCCACCACUUGGACAGCGAGCGAACUCUGAGCCUGAAUCGGUAUCGGAAAAAUGAAAAGGCCACCAGCAAGGCGUACGAGGUCGACGAAGUGCAAAAACCCCACUCCAGCACAGGCUCGGUCCCCCCCGACCGCGUUCAGCCGUUCCUGAGUCCACCAGUUUCGUCUAACCAAGAUCCACCCCCGCCAGAACCUCGUCAAGCCGACACACAAGUGCCAAAGGACAAGAGGCACAUCACGACUGGAAAUGGCCUCGUUGAUAUCUCAUACACGCAGCCCAUGGGCGAGCGGCGGCUCAUCAGAGCUGCGACGGAAUCCGCACUUCGCACGAGCCUGUCCAACCCGACAAAGUAUCGACGCCAGUCAAUAUGCAUGGACUUGCACACGAACCUGUCAUUGGCGUUCACCGUGGACGUUCUGGCCGAGCCCGUCACGCACAAACUCAUGAUGCAGUUCGCUGAGAGCAUCCCGUAUGCCCCGCAGCGGCUCCUGUUUUGGGCCGACGCGCAGCACCUCCGGUCGCUUCCGUCGUCCCAGUACACGGACAAGAUCCUACGCAAGAUAUACGACAAAUUUCUGAGCCCCGACGCGCAAACCCCGAUUUGUGUACCAGCAGGGAUGCUGAAGUCGAUCCGGGCCGAGUUCAAUAGCCCCAAUGGCAUCCAGACCGCGGGAGUAUACGCAGAAGCCCAAGCGCUUUGUCUCCGGGACCUGGAAAAAGACGUGUUUCCACGCUUCCGAAAGCACAGGUUGUACAACGAAAUGCUCGAGGCUCUGGAAGAAAGGCCGUUGUCCAAGUGGAAGGCGGCGCUCACCGCGAUGCACGCCCCGCGUCUUCACUCACGGGCUAUGCGCGAAUCGUUCCAAAGCGUCUUGUCCAACGAAAUCAAGCUGCGAUACUUCAAAAGUUACUGCGUCGAAAACAUGACGCUGGAAAACCUCAUGUUCCACUUGGAUGUGGAAGAUGCCAAGCGGCUUCCCAAUCAGUCCUUUGUCCAGGCGAGGUCCAAGAAGAUCAUCGACACAUACAUCCGCGACGGCGCGAAAAUGCACAUUCACCUGAGCCCGGAAAUUCAUGACGGCCUCGUUCAGAACCUUGACCGAAACGAAAUCGACCCGGCCAUGUUUGUCGACGCUCAGUACGUUGCCAUGGAGUGUAUCAAGACGGAAGUGUGGCCAAGGUUCAGCUCUUCGUCCAUAUAUGUGCAACACAUCCAGGAGAGCUCCUUGGCCGACAACGAGCUCGAGUCGUACGUGCCGUCCGUGUCUGCGUCCGACAUAGACGCUCUUUUGUCGAAUUUGGACGCCAUGAGCUCGACCAUACUCAUCCAAAAGGCGAUGGAACUCCCGACCAACUUAAUGGCCAACAUCGCCAAAGCGCACACGAUUCACCACGACACUGCACUGGUGCUGCUGCAGGACAAGAUUGGCCAUCGCAUGUUCAAGAAGUUUUUGAAAGUUCGCGGAAAGGAUCACUUCGUGUCGUUUAUCGAUGACGUCGAAGAGUACACCAACCUGCCCGGCAUUGAAUACAUGCAGCACACAGCCAAGAAGCUGUUCAAGAAAUACCUCAGCGACCACGCGCGGUUGCAGGUCGACAUGAGCACCAAGAUGCGGCAAGACAUUGAAGAAAAGCUCGAUAUGCCCACGAUGGACAUGUUCAAGCCCGCAAUUGUAAAGGUCAAGACAGGCUUGUUGCAAGAUUCGUUGCUCCGGUAUCUAUCGUCCCCGAUCCACGAAGAGCUUCAUAACGAUGCCGAGAUCCCACAACUUGUCCGUGAGAUGACUGCCGCCCGGAAUUCGGGCAAACUCGAAUUGCCGCACCUCGAUUCCGUCCUCGGCCAUCCCAAGUACAUGUCCAACUUCAAAAAGUAUCUGACUUCGCAGCACGCCGUCGAGAACCUCAUUUUCCUCGAAGAGGUCGAAGAGUUUCGACGGCUGCCAUCGUCACAAAUCGUCCUGCGCAACGCCAAGAAGAUCGUCGACAAGUACAUCAAUCAGGCGACUGCUCGGGCCCCGCUUCCCCUCGGAAAAGCGCUGCACGAUUCGAUGGUCAAGACUGCCGACGGCAUGGAAAAGUCGUUCUUUUCGGGCGCUGUCCACGACAUCAUGCACGUCCUUCGGCAAGAUGAAGUGCCCGAGUUUUUGGACGCCCCCCUUUUCAUGGUGCUCGUGGGUGCAUGGGCGAGCCUCGACGAAACGUACGCAAGAAAGCAGCUCGUGGGGGAUUUUGAACUCGCGUACUUCCGGCAUCGAUUUCACGCAAUUUGCGAAACCAAACGCGACCGGCCUAAGUCGUAGGAGCAGCCAUGUCGAACGAAAUAUUUAUGAUGGUUGGGUCGGUGGAGGCUGUGUCUUGUGUGCCAUGCAUA